AAGUCGGUUUUUUAUCUGAAAAUAGGUAGCAAUCACCACAAAAGUGAUGAACAGUCACAUGGGACAGAUUUGUGAUAAUGGACAUUGCAGCUCUAGCGAGAUUUCUUAUUCCACUCAGUUUCUAUUGUUCCUUGUUACAGGCAAGACUGUGUUGUAAUCAAUAGAACAAGCCGCACAUUAUGUACUUCCUUGAUCAAACAUUUUAGCGCAGAUUUCCACGGGUGGCAUUUUCAUAACAAUUAAGCGAAAAAUGUUGAUUUUAUUAAAUUUUGUGUUAGUGGUGAUAUUGAUAUUAUUAUCGGUUAAGUUACCUUCCUAUACAGUGCAGACCGGUCCGAUAGAAGAACAUACUCCUAACGGUUCCGAGCCGGAUGGCAAUCUUGACGAACUGGAAGAUAUAUUCUACAAAAAUAUUAUGGAAGAUUUUCGCACCGAGUCAGAAGGUCAAAAAUUAGAACUUACCCCUGAAAUAAAGCGUAAGUUGGAUGAAAGGAUUGACGGGUUUUUUCGCGUUCGCCACGGUACAGAUAGGCAACCACGUAACAUUUGGAAUGAGAAGCGGCACGGGGAAUCGCGGCGAAAGCCUCGAAGAGCCUCCAUGCAGGAUGAUACAGUAGGAAGGGAUCGUUUGUUUUUAAAAGGAUUUCGAGAACGCAGUUUCGUACCGGUAAACUUUCCAAUAGACAUCUGCAUGUUGAAGGUAGGAAAGACGGUGUUUGCUGCCUCGCUUAGCGUUCCAAAAACGAAGGAGAACUAUGUAAAUCACACAGUGGUGUCCUUUUACUUUUGGGAUAGAGAAUCCAAAUCUUUUAACAAAUAUAUGGAAUACACGGCCAUUCUGGCUCGCAAAUUCGACUGUAUAUCGCAUGCAUCGCUUGGAUUCGUUGCCGUUGUGAAUUACAAUGACACCACUGGAAAACACGGCUCGCCAGUUUUCCGGAUCUUGGAAAACGGCAACACGGAGAUCGUCCAGAGAUUCAGACAGUCAAACCAGAAUACCGUUCAUAUGUGGGUUCACGGAAAUCAUGUCUACUUGACUCACACCUAUGCCAACCUGAAUGAGAGCGUCGCCAAUGUGUGUCCUCUGUAUCGCUGGUCUGUGUAUCAUUUUGACGCCAUCGACUUGCUACCGUGCUACAACUCAAUCCACAUAGAGCCGUUUACGAUCGAACAAACACUGUUCCUUGCGUUGGCCAACAAAAUGAACGACGAAGCGGUCGACGAGGACACAUUCUCAGAUUUGUUCAAGUUUGACUACGAGCAGCAGAAAUUUCAUUUUCAUCAGAAAAUUUACAUCUAUUCGGUGUCGCACAUGGCGUACAUUUUUCUGGAUAGUGGAGAUAUAAGAGAACAUUUCCUGGUAACGGGAAAUUCGCGCGCAGGGAAAAAGAACAAGGCCGGAAAGUUGGACUAUGAUCAGCAUUCGAUCAUGUAUAAGUACAUCGAUGGGUACUUUGUGCCCUUUCAAAAGUUUGAAUUUUACAGCGUUAAGCGGUUCCUGCCGGUUAUGCGCGAGAACGGUGAAUUCCUGCUGUUGAUCGUCUGUCGUGGUCAACCCCUACUGAUCUAUGAGUACGAUGGUUGGAAGUUUAUCCCGUCGAAGAUCGACUACACACGGGAUGCGUUCGCUGACGGAGUGUCCCAUAUGCGCGCCUAUCGACACAUAGUUAAUGCGAGCUUGAUUGUCAUUGCCAAUCGCAAUUUGCACGGAUCUACAGCCAACAUUUUUUCGCCUAUAUACGGAGUCGAGAACAACCUCAACAAAAUCUACAAAGAGUUUAUCGAUUGGUGCACUGAGACGACGGAACAAUUGGCUACGCUGGAUUUAGAAGACAUUUACAAACGCCUAGUGAAGAUAUCUAAAUUCGAGGAUGGUGUGGGUAGAUUUGAAAAGGAUGUUCAUAUAAAGGGUAGUACUAUUAAAGAGCUACGUACGAAAGCUUUGCACAUUGGACAUACUGUGCUGGAUCAGCAGACGAUCGAUUACGUGAAUAAAGCUAGCCAAAAACUGGAAAGUUUGCGGGAAAAAGCGGACAAACUAAAGAGCAUAAUUGACAAUAGUAUGGAAUUGAACGAGACACUCGAGAUUAGUGGCGACGUAACGGUACCGCUGAUUAUAGCAUCAGAUGCGGUAGUGAAAAAUUUGGAGGCAACUAAAGUUAACGAUAAAAUUUAUAAACGUAGUACGAACGAAACGAACCAUGUAGAUGUUAUUACCGUUGAUCGGUUAGUGGUGGAAGGGCAGUUGGAUGUCCAAUUUUUGAAUGGAUACGCAGUUGACACGUUACUUCAUACAACGGAUGAUCUGCGGUCACUGAAAAAUAUUGAUCUACACGCACCUGAAGUUGAAGUUAAAGGGCAACUAUUUGUUAACCAUUUAAUCGAUGGAAUACAUUUCACUGCCGAUAAUGUUAUGAUAAAUGGCACGCACCAAGUGUGUGCUGAUAAAACGUUGCGGGUAGACGAGCUAACGGUUAACAAUUUGGUGACGGAAUCGCUGAACUCAACAAGUGUAGAAUCCAUUAUGGCAUUACUUGAUGAGAUUUCAGAAUUUAGAGCCGCUGAACAAUCUGAGUAUCCAAUGACGUUCAAGGAGAUUCGUGUUAACAAUCUAGAGGUGACUGGCCUUUUGAACGAUAUGGAUUUUAACGACAUUGAGCAACAUGCUCUUAAGCUCGAAGGUGAUCAAAAUAUAACAGCGGAGUUCACAUUCGACAAAAUUAUUGCCACCAACGUUAUAGCACCAAACAAUCGACUCUCAGGCGUGGAUCUGAAUUCGAUGGUUUGGAUCAAGCCCACCAAAGAUCAGCAAGAUUUUACGGUCCGUCAGCAAAUACGGUUUGUCCAUCCGGUACAUUUCGAUAAGCUACAUGUUCACGAACGAGUUAAUCACAUUCCAGUGAUCGAUGGUCAACUACAAAUUUUGAGGCAAAAUUCUACAGAGCCUCAGUUAAUAACGGGUACCAUAACAUUCGACAACGUAGUGCUAUUAGAACCGAUUGAUCUACAAGGCAAAAUCAAUAGCAGUAGCUUGAGGAAAUUGAACACGAUUAAAACUAUAUCGCACGAUAUUCACUUGGAAGGAGCUUUCGAAAUUAGUGGUGAUGUUACGGUGGAGCUGUUAAAUGCCACCAAUAUUUACGGAGCUAGUCGCACGUAUAAUUUUGUCGAUCUAUACGCGCAUGGUCUCCCGUUGAAUGCAGCCUCUUCAAAUCAAAAAUUCACUUUUAAACAACCGUUGGUUGCUAAGAAGGUGUUUGCUAGAUCUUUAAAUGGAGUGGAUCCGAGUGAUUUUAUUUCAAUCAAAUCGGAUAAAGUGCAGAAGAUUACCGGUCGGAAAAUAUUCCCUGGAAAUCUAACACUUCUAGAGGGACGCCUCGAUGCGGCAAUAAUUAACAAUGUAGAUCUUAUACACCUGAACAAUACCAUACUCAAACGCACUGGAGAUCAAGUGAUCGAAGGUAACAUCCACUUCAAAGAAAUAAUCGUUUCCAGUGUGGUCGCCAACGAAACUUAUUUCGAGGGUAAACCUUUGAACACACUACUGACCCACAGUUCCAAAAAUACGAAAUCGAAAGUACGUUUGGAGAAUUCCACUCUAACCAUCCUCGGCGAUCUAAAUGUUAGGAAUCUGUUUCCUUCGGAGGGAUCAACUAUUUACGGCUACGAUCUGAAACAUAUGCUAGCGGAUACUCUACGCAAGGAUAGUAACGAAAGUGAUCCAAUGGUUGUGACGGGACAUAAACGGUUUAGUAAUCUGACGGUUGGUGAGCUCAUUCUAGUCGAUCAGGCCGCCCUCAAUGGUGUGAACCGGGAAAAUGCUGACAAACUUGAUGAACUAUUUUCGAAGGAUAUCGUCAUAGAAGAAACGGUUAUUCUGAAUCAUCCAAUAUAUGUACGUAAUUUGUUUUUCAAUGGUUCAAUCAACGGCGUUUCCAAGGAAGAAUUUGGAAGCUCGUGGUUGUUGGACGAAUUCAAUCAGACUUUCACAGCCCCGCAAUAUUUCGAAAAUGUCAUAGCGGACACAGUAAUUGUCGAUGGAUAUUUUAACGGGAUCAAACUUGAAGAGUUGGUUGAUAACUUAUAUUUCUUGGACAAAAAUGAGCGCAUUGAAAAGGCUAUAUUUCACGGCGGUUUUAUUUCAAACCAACCUGUGACGGUACAUGGACUCGUAUCUGGCCUUAAUUUAUCAACCGACGUACUGCUGGAUUAUUCUCCGGAGCCACUACAGCUGCUAGAGGUUCGCGUUGACGGAAAUGUACGGGUAACUGGGCAAAUUAACAUAGGCAGUACUCUGAACGGUAUCAACUAUGCCAAGCUUAAGGAGUUUACUAGCAGCAGUGGAUUCGAUCAGCCUUUGAACAUCGAAAUUCAAGGAAACGCACAUUUCGCCUUUCCACCAAAUGUACUUGAGCUGAAUGGAUACAACCUACAGCAGUUACAUCGCGAUGUUUGGAUGUCCAAUCGUGACGAGAUAUUGACCGGGUCUUAUCGAUUCGAACACGUACACUUCCUCGAUAAAGUGUUUGCUAACGGAACGAUUAACGGGUUGGAUUUAGAUGAAAUUUCGGAAACCUAUCUGAGUUUAACGAAACCUCAAAACGUGACAACUCCGUUAAUUUUCAAGUCGAUCGAAUUUAGGAAUCAAGUCAGCAUCGGUAGCAUCGAGCUUAAAGGGCUGCUCAAAGGAACCCCAGAAUCAAAGGGACUUGACAUUGUAAAUUUCGACAAGUAUGUUCUAAAGACAAACGUCGAGCAGAACAUCACAGGCAAUUGGACCUUUGACGAAGUAGAAGUUGAAGGAGACCUUAACUUAACCACGAUCAACGGACUUGAUCUGGAAAAAGACGUACUACUGAAUGGUGCAUCCAACGUGACGAUCACCGGUACUAAGCGUUUCGAGAAUGUUCACGCGAAUCGACUAGAAUGUCCCACACCAUGUAUAAUACAGGGAGUAGAUUUUAGCGAAUGGGUCGCGAAUUCCGUACGGCUGGAUCGAAAUUAUACCAUAGAAGGAGUAGUUUAUGUAGAGAAUGCCACCAUUCCAGGAGAACCGGUACAUAACUACACAUUCGACCAGGAUCACUUGUUGUCGAAGUCAGCCCCGCAAACUAUGAAGGAAAAUUUGCAUGGCGAAACCAAACUACCGGCGCGAUCAGACCAGGGUUCCUUUAGAAUAAAAGUACCUGUCACGUUUACACAGGUCGAUAACGUGGAUGUAGGAGAUAAUAAAAUGUUCAGUGUGAACUUAAAAGAACUGUUCCAGGAGGUGGAAUACACCGAUCAGUUGAGAAAAUACGAAUCGAAAUUACGUAACCUGCACGACGUUGGAGAAUCAUUGGUGGAGUCAUCAAAGACUAAAGCGCCCUAUCUAAGCCAAUACCAUCUGCUAAAACGGCUAAGUGGGGGAUUCCGAACAUUGUCCAUAAUUACGCUGCAUCCAACACCGACGCCUCUACAGCUUCUGGUGGCACACGUUGAUGACGGAAAUCGGACAGCAGUCGAGUUUUAUCGGUGGAACAACAAAGACGGCCAGUUUCGAAUUGCAAAGGGUUUCCCUCCAAUUUCAUCACCAAACCUUGUAAUUACGAACUGCAAACGUAUCAGUUUAGGUCGGGCUCAGCAUAUUUUCGUAGAAUUUUACAACCACGCUAAUCAAUAUUAUCGCCAGUCGAUUUUGGACCUAGAACCCUCGGAUCUCGUUGCGCCGAAAAAAGCAUCAAAGUUCAUUACCAUUUACGAGUUUAAUAGCACAAUCCCUCGAGAAAUGCUCUCGUUUAGGUUACUCGAUCUAAUCUGCAUCGGUCUCUUUUCACCGCACGCUAACGGAAUGGAAAUCCACUGCCUGCACUUGGAGAACAUGGUGUACCACAUGAGGUUCCAUCAAAUGCUGAACACUGCAGCCUUGGAGCAAGCCCUGUACAUAGACAACCGUCUCAUCACGCUCAGUCACGACAACGUUUUGCAGGUCUGGCGCUCCAAACCGAACUACCAAUUCGUUCUUUCUCAGUUGGUCGAUGUUCAACAACCGACCUUCAUCACUGUAGCCAAAUUUGACUACCAACUGUUUAUCGCUGUCAACUCAGAGCACGAGCUGGCGGACAGUUCCCAUCACGGAUCUAUCGAAAUCUGGCGCGAUUCGCAGCCUCGAUUUCGAAAUAGUACCUUCACCCAAUACCAGAUCAUUCUGACGAAAGUGCCGAAACAGAUAAAAUUUUCGGUUAUACCCUCAACGGAUGACCUAAUGAUGUACACUUUGAGUGAAAAUUCGUUCGCUCCGUUGGUGAUCUACCGGUACAUGGGUGUAUCCGGCUUCCGGGAGUAUCUGAAGAGUAAUACGCUUCGCACCGACGGGAAACGGAUGAGCGUUCUGAAGCUGGACCACAAUCAGCGCGAACUGCUGGCGCUUGUUGGCGAUCGUGAGACGGAUCUGAUAGAGGCAAUUAUAAAGGGAAGAUAAUUCUGUAUUUUUUGAGUUUGUUAUUCGUUAUUUUGUUUAUAAAUAUACCUUUAUAGGUUAUACAAGAGAUGCAGAAAAGAAUAAAGUUGGUAGAGAAUUCAGCACUAAAUU